AAAAGAUGAAGCUUUUAUUGUGAAAGGGAAGCUUAGGUCACAUGCUCACGUUUCAACCAAUAGAAAUGCAUAGGGAGGCAGUUUACGGAAGUACAGUUUUUUCUAACGCAAAUGUGUCGUCCGUUUAUUUUACUCUCCACACAUCAUUUAUACUUAAAGUUAACUGGUAUUUAAAAAGUGUUUAAGUUUGAUUCGUCGCGUCUUUAUCGCCUCACGUUGAAUAAUGUCCAAAUCAAGGAGAAGGGAAUCCGCGGACUCCGAGUCGAAAGAGCUUCCAAUAUACCGACAUAGAAGUAAACUUGUGGAUGCUGUGAGAGAGAACUCUUUUCUGCUGGUCACCGGGGAAACCGGCAGCGGCAAAACCACACAACUGCCCCAGUACCUGCACCACGCUGGUUUUUGUAAAAAUGGCGCCAUUGCCAUCACACAGCCACGUAGGGUGGCAGCCAUUACUGUGGCCCAGCGGGUCGCACAGGAGAUGCACUGCACCCUGGGCAAAGAAGUUGGCUACCAAGUCCGCUUUGACGACUACACAUCACAGGACACGGUGGUGAAGUACAUGACGGACGGCUGUUUGCUCAGAGAGGUCCUGGCGGACUCCAGUCUUUCUCAGUACAGCAUUGUGGUCCUGGAUGAAGUCCACGAACGCAGCCUCAACACAGACAUUCUCCUGGGUUUGUUGAAGAAGAAAAUCUUGUCCAACCCAGAGAAAGGCCGCUCCUUCCCACUGAAGGUGGUGGUUAUGUCCGCCACGUUAGAAUCCGACAAACUCUCGGCAUUUCUUGGCAACUGUCCAGUCUUUUCUAUUCCUGGGAGGACGUAUCCUGUGGACUGUACAUUUGGUUUUGCUGUCGGACCCAAAGAUGUGGACAGCACAGGUUAUGUGAAGGAGGUGGUGAAAAUGGCCUUUGAUGUACACACCAGUGAAAGAGCUGGGGAUAUUCUUGUUUUUCUGACCGGACAAUUGGAGAUCGAGCGAGCCUGUGAUCUGCUCUUUGAAAAAGCUGAGACCAUUGACUAUCGCUACGAUGUUCAGGACCAGACAGUUGACGGUCUCCUAAUUUUGCCUCUUUAUGGAUCCAUGCCGACCGAUCAGCAGAAGCAGAUCUUCCAGUCACCGCCUCCAGGAAUAAGAAAGUGCGUAGUGGCCACCAACAUCGCAGCAACGUCUCUUACCAUUAAUGGCAUAAAGUACAUCAUUGACAGUGGGUUUGUGAAGCAACUCAACCACAACUCUAGAGUGGGCAUGGACAUCCUGGAGGUGGUUCCGAUAUCAAAGAGCGAGGCUCAGCAGAGAGCAGGUCGAGCCGGAAGGACCUCGGCCGGGAAGUGCUUUCGUAUCUAUAACGAGGCGUUUUGGGAGAAGAGCAUGCCUGAAUAUACGGUUCCAGAAAUCCAGAGGACAAGUCUGACUUCAGUCAUUCUCACACUGAAGUGUCUGGGAGUGCAUGAUGUCAUCAGGUUUCCAUACCUGGACCGUCCAGAGGAGAGGUUUAUUUUAGAAGCACUAAAACAGCUGUAUCAGUUUGACGCCAUAGACAGGAGAGGUAACGUGACCCCACUGGGGCAGUUGAUGGUUGAGUUUCCACUUCAGCCAGGCCUCACCAGGGCCUUACUCAACGCUGCGUCGCUCGGCUGUGAGGACUUGAUGCUUCCUGUUGCUGCCAUGCUGUCUGUGGAAAACAUCUUCAUCAGACCAGGCAAACCCGAGAAGCAAAAGGAAGCCGAUGAGCAACACAGAGCCCUUGCUGCCAAGAGUGGCAGUUUAAAUGACUUUGCCACUCUUCUCAGUGUUUUUCAGUCCUGCAAAUCAAGCGACAGGCCGUCCUCAUGGUGUAAAGAGAACUGGAUCCACUGGAGGGCGCUGAAGUCAGCCUUUAGUGUGGAGACUCAGCUGCGAGAGAUUCUCCUCCGCCUGAAACAGAAGAGAGAUUUCCCUGUUGAAACAUUUCAUGGUAACAGGAGUGAACUCUUGAGACGAUGCUUGUGCACAGGAUAUUUUACCAAUGUUGCCAGAAGGUCUAUAGGAAAAGUGUUUUGCACAAUGGAUGGAAAUGGAUCCAUGGUUCACAUUCAUCCAUCAUCUUCGUUGUUUGACCAGGAGGGGGAGCUGAACUGGAUCAUCUUCCACGAUGUGCUGGUGACUUCUAGAGUGUAUGUCAGGACUGUGUGUCCAAUCAGAUACGACUGGGUGAAAGACUUGUUGCCCAAACUGCACGAGGUGAACGUGUAUGAACUGAGCAGUGUGGCGAGAGAAGAAGUCACUGAAGACGAGAUGAAGAAGUGGGAAGCCAAGGAAGCUGCCAAGAGACAAGCAGAUCCUGCUGAGGACAUUACGAAGAAGCUUGAGAAACGCAACAACGAAGCCACUAUCAGUGACGCACGUGCACGCUACCUGGAACGAAAGCAACAAAGAAAACAAAAUAAAGCUCCGUGAUCAAACAUUUUAGGUUUUUUUGUACAUAUAUGUCAUACUUUUCUGCAAUUGUUGUGCCAAAAAUAAACAUUUCCAUUUUUUAUAACCAUGUUUAUUUUCUAGCUCUUUUUUUUCCAAGUACGUUUGACUAUUUGACUAAAGAGAAUAAAUGUCGAUUUAA